GUGGUCAGAUCAUAACACUUUUGAAUGAACACUGAAAGUGUCUAUUUGGUGAGACGUUUAACGACAGCGCUCUCUAGCGGCGCAUUGUGUUGUUGUUUUUUCUCCCCUCAAGGGCGGCACUUCCGCCAUAAGUACGUAACAUCCGGUUGUGCAGCAGCCAUUUUGUCUGUUCGGGCACGUCUACUCUGACGUUCGAAAAACUGGCGUUCCACCUUAACAAAAACACUCGAAUAUACUCACCAUGCCUUUUUUUCAACUUUAUACUUGCGUCUAAAAUAUAUAUUAACAUCCCAAACGCGCCUCCGAGGAAAGGCAGACUUUUCGCGAUAAACGCCCUGGCGUUGUAGCGGGCGACAGGGUCCAGCACCAUGUCGUGCAAGGAAAGCUACUUAGCUAUCUUUCGCUACCUGACGGACGAGCGGGAACCGUACGCGCCGGGCACGCCGGGCAACACCAAGCGCAAGAUUCGCAAAGCGGCGGCCUGCUACGUGGUCCGCGGCGGCACCCUGUACUACCAGCGGCGACUCAAGGGCCAGGACGUGUUCACCGAGCUGGAGGUGGUUCUGCGGGACGAGCGCAGGAAGGAACUGAUCGAGCAGACGCACGUCCUCGAAGGAGGGGAGCACCUCAACCAGCAGCUGACCUGGGAGAGCAUCUCGCGGAAGUACUGGUGGAGAGGUAUCCUGAAGCAAGUGAAGGAUCACAUCCGCGAGUGCACCACCUGCACCGCUCGCCGUGGCGCGGAUGACAGCCCUGGGGUAGGCGGGCGCGCAAACAGUCGGGCGAGGAAGCGCAAGACGGGCGACGAUGACGAUGACGACGAGGAUGAUGAAGAGGAGGAAGAGGGGGAGGUGGGAGAAGAAACGGAGGAUAGUCUCUUCCUCACAGACCUGUCUAGUCGGAGCAGAUCCAAGGUGGCAAAGACAGAUAAGCACGAGCUGGUUUAUGUGAACAGCAAAGGUGAAGUGAACCAGUUCCUUUCCAAUCACGGCCAGACGGUGCUGGAGAAACUCAACCAUCAGCGCAUCAACAAUCAGUUCUGCGACAUCACACUGCUGAUCGAGGGCGAGGAGUAUCGGGCGCACAAGGCGGUGUUGGCGGCGUGCAGCGAGUACUUCAACGAGCUCUUCUUCGAGAAGGGCGCCGCGUCCACGCACGAGGCCGUGGUCGACCUUGCCG